AUGUUUAUUGUUGCUGGAAAUUGGACCCGGGAGCGGCCGUCGGCUGGAGAAGAGGGGCUCCGCUACCUGGGUGGCGGCGCGUCGGCGGGCGGCGUCCUCCUGGAGACCUGCAAGAAGCCGAUGGUCGGGCUCUCCGGCGCCGGUCCUCCGAUGGUUAAGUCAGUCAGGAGUUUGUAUGGGGGUGGAGAUAGCGACAUUGCAAAAAUGGUGACCAAGAGCAACGUCCUGUAUGCUCGUUUUCAGAAAAGGGCAGCCGAGCUUGCGGGAGAACAGCCUGGGCCGAAAAAGAAGGCGAGGAUCUCGGCUGCCGUGGUCGCCGAGAAGAGCGCUCCUCGUGCCGAGCGCUCCGAGGCUGGUCGAGGAGAAGGCUCAAGUUCUGGGGGCACGAGCUCUGCUGAAGCUACGAUGGCGCUUCCGUGCCCGGCGCCGAUUUCUCAACACCUUCACGAGAUCGAGACGCUGAUGCAUAUAGUCCAAGACUACCGGGACCGGGCCCGAAGGCAUCAGCGCGGGCAGGAGGAGGCCGAGGCAAGGUGCCUCGCAUCCGAGGCCGAACAAAAAGUGCUCCAGACGAAGGUGGAGGCGGCCGAGGACAAGAUUCGGGCUCUGACCACCGAGCUCGAGGAGGAGAAGGGCGCACACGCCCUGGCCAAGUCAGAGGUGCGCGCUGUAGAGGCGCGUCGGGCCGAGGCCACUUUGAUGCUCGCUAUCCGCGAGCAAGAGGUGAAGGAAGUUCACCUCAAGGCCCAAGAGCUCGAGGCCCGCUUGUCCGAGGCCCAGUCCCUGCUCGCCGUCCGCGAGCAGGAAGUGAGGGAUCUGGAGCGAAAGGCCAAGCAACGCGAAGCUCGGGAGAAGGUGGCCCGGGAGCAGGCCCAGAAUGCCGGGGUCAACACGUCUAAAGAUCCGGCUAGGGCCGAAGUUCAGGCGGCCGAGGAGGCCACUUGGGAGGCUCCCGCCGAGGGGGAUCCUGAGGGAGUGCCUUACGCCACACCUGAGGCUGCUGGCGAGAUUCCGGCCGAGGCUUCUGCAACCGCGGCCGGGCAGGCAGGAGAACCCAGAGACGCCCCAGCCGAGAAUUUCGAAGCGGUCGUGGCGGACGACCUCGGGGCUGGAGCUGAAGCUGCAAUUACUUCUUAG